AUGUCUUCUCCUGCACUCACUUCUGCACACCAUUUUAUCUCAUUGAAGCUCUCUUCUACCAAUUCUCUCUUCUGGAAGGCUCAAACCAUCCCAUUUCUACAUGGUCAGAAUGUUUACGGAUACAUCACUGGUACCAUUCCACGCCAUCUUGAUCCCACUGCCGCCUCUGACUGGGAUGAUCAAGAUGCCAUAAUUAUGAGCCUUCUUAUUGUUUCCCUGUCCGAGGAGGCUCUUCCUCUUAUUGUGGAUAAUACCACGAGCCAAGAAAAAUGGAACUGUCUCACUUCUGCAUUUGGUUCGGCUUCCAACAUACGUAUCAUGUCCCUCAACCUCAGUUUUCAAGAUCUCUCUCAACAUAAUGAUGAAUCAAUGGUUGCUUCCAUGCAACAUGCCAAAACCAUCUCUGGCGAGCUCUCUGCUUCUGGAUCUCCUUUGAGGCCUAAUGACCUUUGCCUCCACAUCUUUCGCACCCUACACAAGGAUCUGCAUGAGAUUGUCCCCACACUCUUGGCUCGAUCUGAACCUCUGACGUACUUUGAUCUUCAUGGUGUUCUUCUCAGCCAUAAGUGCAUGCUUAAGGCCUCUCAGCAAAAAUCUGCACUCAUAGACAAGGUCGACUCCUCUGACCAACCUUUUGCUAAUUCUACCUAG